UCAAAACCAACUAAAGAUUAGGCAACAAAGGAGGUGGAUAACCAUUCAGGUUGAAAAGAGUUUUGUCAUUGGUCACGAAGUUUAUGGCAUUAUCUAAAAAGAGUUUUGCAGUUUAAAUCGACAGUCCAAGUUUACUAUACACUAAAAAACAAAAUUUCCAAAGGGUUUCUUAUUCUUUAGUGGAAUGAAAAGGUGGAAUGAAAAUGUGGGAAAAGACGUUAAUAUUCCCUUGAAGCCACUCAAAAGUAAAAUUUCACAUCAAACAAAUAUAAGUAUGUCGGUGAUGACUGGAGACUGACAAGUAUCAAUCGCAGAUUUCAUUCGGCUCGAUUUCUGUUCAGUCUCACCAUUAGAGAUGUAUUUUCUUUCAUUUUCAUGAAAUUGAGAACCUCGCCGUAUAGAUUAGCUUCAACUACUAUGGCAGAGUAUGAUGAUGUUGAUUAUGUAGAUAUCAAUGAAGUCCCUUCUCCUAGAAUACACGAUUGUAAGAAAGUCUCAAUUGUACCCCUUGUUUUCCUCAUCUUUUAUGAGGUUUCUGGAGGUCCUUUUGGUGUUGAAGAUAGUGUCCAGGCGGCUGGUCCGCUUCUGGCCCUUCUUGGCUUUUUGAUAUUUCCCUUAAUAUGGAGUAUCCCUGAGGCCUUGAUUACAGCUGAGAUGGGCACCAUGUUCCCUGAAAAUGGGGGCUACGUUGUUUGGGUUUCGUCAGCGUUGGGUUCAUAUUGGGGUUUCCAACAAGGAUGGAUGAAAUGGCUUAGUGGGGUUAUUGAUAAUGCUCUUUACCCGGUUCUUUUUCUUGACUAUUUGAAGUCUGGAAUACCAGCAUUAGGCAGUGGCUUACCAAGAGCUGCAGCAGCGCUCGUUUUGACAUUUGUUCUCACUUUCAUGAAUUAUAAAGGAAUGACUAUUGUUGGGUGGGUUGCAGUUCUUUUAGGGGUAUUUUCAAUUCUCCCUUUUGUGGUUAUGGGAGUUGUGGCAAUUCCAAAGUUGGAUCCUUCAAGAUGGCUUGUGGUGAAUUUUCAUGAAGUGGACUGGAAUUUGUAUUUGAAUACCCUCUUUUGGAAUUUAAAUUACUGGGAUUCAAUUAGUACACUCGCUGGAGAGGUCGAUAACCCAAAGAAAACUCUACCUAAAGCUUUAUUUUAUGCUCUGGUAUUGGUUGUUCUUAGUUAUUUCUUCCCUCUUUUGGUUGGCACUGGGGCUGUGCCCCUUGACCGUGCUUUAUGGACUGAUGGAUAUUUCUCUGAUAUUGCUAAAAUGCUUGGGGGAGUUUGGUUGAGGUGGUGGAUCCAAGGAGCUGCAGCAUUGUCAAACAUGGGAAUGUUUGUCGCUGAGAUGAGCAGUGACUCUUUCCAGCUUUUGGGUAUGGCAGAACGAGGAAUGCUGCCAGAGUUGUUUGCUAAGAGGUCUCGUCACGGAACACCUCUUACUGGGAUUUUGUUUUCAGCUUCUGGUGUGAUUUUGUUAUCAUGGCUAAGCUUUCAAGAGAUUGUAGCUGCAGAGAAUUUCUUGUAUUGUUUUGGAAUGAUAUUGGAGUUCAUAGCAUUUAUACAACUAAGGAUAAAAUACCCAGCUGCAUCUCGGCCUUACAAGAUACCUUUGGGAACCACUGGAGCUACACUUAUGUGUAUUCCACCAACCAUAUUGAUUUUAGUUGUGCUGUCUCUUUCAACAUACAAAGUAAUGGUUAUAAGCCUCGUUGCGGUGGCUAUUGGGCUUGUCCUGCAACCCUGUCUCAAAUACGUUGAGAAAAAGAGGUGGAUGAAGUUCGCCACCAGUGCUGACCUCCUAGACCUUCAUAAUGGAAAUCAGGAGAACAGUUCUCUGGUAAAUUAACCAGCAAAUCAUAUGCUAUGGUUUUCAACUUGGAAAGGUAAUACGGAUACCGAGUGCAAGGUACCUAGGUGCAUUAUAAGCAUGUUAGUAUUUAUAAAUUCUCAAAUAUCUUUAUGUUUUAUAAACACACCAGCAUUGUCGAUUUCGCAGGAGCACUCUAAUGUAAUGUUGAUAUUGUUAAAUGCAUAGGAGGCAUGGUUAAAGCUAACUAUCAUCUCUUUAGACUGAUGAUAGAUGAAUUGAUGAGCCAAUAUUUAGAAUAAGAACCACUGGUUGUGAGGAAGAGCAACAAUGUGGUUAUGUUUGUUUCAGUAGAUUUUCAGCUUUUUUGUCUUUUGAAUUUCAUUCUAUCUGAAGAAGAGAACAUGUGAAGGUUCUUGUCAACUGAUUCAUUUUUCCAUUGCAUUAUGAAAUUCUUGA